UAUUUUGGUUUACAUGGUAUACGAUUUUUCUUUACUAAAACGUAAACAAUGUUGAUUUAAUCUAACCUCGAAAUUAUUUGUGUAAACGUAUGUACAACAUUAAUAUUGUAUAAUGUGGCCUCAAGAAUAUAUAGAACUGAAGUACAUUGAAGAUUUAUUAGUUUGUGGAAUAUGCUACGAAUACAUGGAAACUUCAGUGAUUACAUCAUGUUCACAUAAUUAUUGUUCUUUAUGUAUCAGAAAAUAUUUACAUUAUAAAACACAAUGUCCUGCUUGUUUUGCUGAAACCUUUGAGAAGGACUUGAGGAAAAAUAAAGUUCUGGAUGAAAUUAUAACACAGUUUUCACAAAUUAAAGAUAAAUUAAAGAAAUGUUUACGAAGUCAAAUGCAAUUUCUGCCAUUUAAUAGAAGUGAUAUUAUUUUGAAUAGUCCAAAGUCAACGCCUAAGAAUAAAGACAAGCAUUUAAUUAAAUUAGAAGAUAAAAUUGUUAACAAAAGACUAAUUUCUGAAAGUAAUACAUCACCUUCUAUAAAUGUGCAAAAAGAUUUAUCUAGUCCCAGUACCAGUGGAAAUUCCAGAAUACCUUUGAUGUUUACACCUAAAAGUACAAAAUCUGCAAAUGUAACAGUUGUGGAGAAAACUGCAGAUGUUAUAUGCCCUGUAUGUAAAGUUACUAUUUCAGAGUUGCAUAUAAAUAAGCAUCUUGAUGAUUGCUUAAAACGAGAAUCAAGAAAAGUUCAACCACAAACAGUACAGUUAAACCGUAAACCACUGCCAAAAUUAGUAUUCACUUUAAUGAAAGAAGGUGUGAUACGUAAGAAAUUGAAAGAGUUUGGUUUGUCAACCCAAGGAGAUCGGAAGGCUAUGGAAGCUCGUUUGCAAAGAUAUAUUAUUCUUUAUAAUGCAGAAUGUGACAAAUCAUAUCCAAGACCUGUUUCAGAGUUAAUUAAGCAAUGCGAAGAUGAAGAGAGUCUUGAGAAAAACAUUUAUAAAACUUCAUCAUUUAUAAAUAAGUUACAUGUUAAUCGAAAUACAGAACAAAAUGUUAUAGAUGUGGAGAGAAAAAAAUAUUUGGAAACGUACAAAGAUAGUUUUGAAAGUUUAAUUAGAAAGAUCAAACAUACUAAUCCUCCUAGACAUUCAUCUGCAAGACGCAAUCUAUUGAAUGAAAGUAUACAAAAUAAUGAAAGCACUUUGGAUAAACAAGAAAAGGAUGAAAAUUCAGAUGAUUCAGUGGUUGAAACUGAUAAAGAUAAUUUUUUGCCUCUAAAUUCGGGUGCAUAUAUUGAAGACUCCGAUUCAGAUGCUGACUGUCCAUUACAAAUGUAUUCUAGUACUUAUCCAACAAAAUUGCUUAAUGUUGAAUUGUCUCCUCCCAGAAACAAUAUUCCAAAGAAUAAAUGUGAAACAAAUUAUGAAAAAGAUGAUCAUACAGAAGUUAAGUCAUCUCAUUAUUCAGGUAUACAAAGAAAGAAAGAUGAUGCGAAUUUAGAUAUGUUUAAUGAUACCUCCGUGUCAAAUAAAGAGAUGAAUUCAAUAACAGAUACCACACUUGGUAAAGAUACAUCAGAGGCUGAUUCUAAGACUUCAAAGUACGAAGUGUUACUACAAAGAAAAAAAAAGUUAUUUCGAAACGAUGAAACAAAAAGAAUGAAUUCUUUUACUAGUGCCAGAGGAAACUGUGAUUCUAAUUAUGUCUCUGACCAAGAAGGAGCAGAUGGUAGAUCAACAUCUGUUUUACAAGAUGUUGUGUGUGACUUAUCAAGUAAUGAUAGUAAUGACACUAAAUAUAAUUAUGAAAACAAAUUAAUAAAUAUGGCAAAUAUGGAGAAAGAAAAUAUAAAUUCCAAAAGUAGCGACAAUCGUUCACUCCGAAAAAGAAAUCGUGACUUAGUACAAAAUGAUAAUAAAAUCGUUUCAAAUGUAAAGAAAAAAGUUAAAAAGGCGUCUCGUCAUUAUCAUAGCGAGACUGAUGAAUCAAGUAAUGAAGAAUCUGUGAGGAUUUUAAAUGAUAAUGAAAAUUUGCAUUUACAAAAUAAGCCACAACUGAGAAACCGAGUAUUAAAUACGUCCACGAUUGAAGAAACAACUGUAUUAAGGAAAUCUACUAGAGUAAAACUAAAAAACAAUAUAUAAUAAAAAUAAAGUGACAUAUUUUAUGUAAAUUAUUCAUAAAUAUAGAUUUUGGUAAUUUA